AAUUAAAAAGUUGAAUUGCAAAAUAGCGCCAUCGAAAUUUUAAGGAAUUUGAUGUUUACUUUUGGGAAUAUAAAUAACUGUAGCCUAUUUUAUCUACUUUAAAUAGUUAGACAGACGCUUUUAUUAAUUGUUAAACAAAGUGCGUGUUCAUUUAUUACUCAUAUAUCAAAUAAAUGUAUGUAUUGUGAAUCCUAAAUUUGUUUUUAACCGUGGCGAUUCGUGAGACUUCGGUCCAUUUAUUUGACAAGUUAAAAUGGCGGCCUCUUUUAAACUAUCAUACCAUCAAAAAUCUUUAGUGUACCGGAGUGAAAAUUAAAAUCUUUUUGUGAUAUUAUUUGUAAAUAAUAACGUUUAAUCAGACGUUCAAAAUGGAACAUAACUUAGAUGAUUCAUUAAACUUAGAAGGAAGCAUAGAAAGUAUGGAUUUUGAUAAUGCCGGAGUGGUUGUUAGUCAAGAUAAUAUGACUCUCUCUGCAAAUGAACACUCAGGUGAUCUCUCAAUGGAUUUUGAAGAACAACAAAUUUUAAUGGAUGCAGGAACGGAAGAAGUCAUUGAUUUUACAGGUGACCAGUUUUCGCUUCAGGAGUAUGCUGUGCAAGAUGAUCAAACUCCAGAACCUGAAGUGACUAUUGAGCUGAACCAAAUGAAUAUAAUAACACCACAAGACACAAUGUUGGAUCUUAAUUUAGAUCUUGAUAGCUUAAAAGUGGAAAGUGAUAACAUUUCCAAAGAAAUAACCAUACAAUCUAAAUACAUUCUAUUAAAGUCCGCAUCUUUGAAACCCACUAAAAAGCCAGAAGUGAGCAGCAUGCCGCGACAAGUGCCAAUAGCGCCGAAGCCCCGCCUGUCGCAGACGACCAAACCGAAGACCACGUUCGGUCCGGGCAAGCAAUACGCCAUCGCGCCGAAACCUGUUACGUUUGUGAUGAAUAAAAAUACAAAAAAAGUCUCAGUAGCCGGUGUACAAGCAAACUCAAAAGGCAAUGCUGUACUAGCUCAAAUUGGUAAGCAGUUAGUUAUGGUACCAGCUGAAGGAGCACAGAAAAUUAAGCUGGUGUCUGCCGGAUCAGGUGCCACUCUCCAAUAUGUACGAGCUAAUUCUGAUCAGGCACAGUUAACACCAGCAAAGGCCGCCGGAACAACUCAAGCUAAGCCUUUAGUGGCUAAGGUCGUAGUGCAAGCGGGUCACUCAAACACGGAUACAAGUAAUCAGCCGGCAGUACUAACAAAGUUGUUGCCGUCAAGUAACGCGGGCGCCCGGUACGUGAUGCAACAGAAAACCGUCCCUAUAUCUAUUGGAAAUAAGGUUUUGCUGUCCUCUCCCACUAAGCAAGGAGUUAAGAAGCAGCAAAUUAUUGCCGUGAAGUCGUCUCCACAAAAAGGUUCAACGAAAAAAGUUUUCAUAUCGGCAAAUCCUAACCAGAAUGUGAUCCUAAAGACCACAGCGCCAUCAAAGACUGGACAAAUUACAAAAGAUGGUAAUGUCAUUCUGCAAGGAGGGCAGCGGACGCAACUGCAUCAAAUCAACGUACCGGGUAAAGGCAUACAAUAUAUUCGACUGGUCACGAACUCGACGCCGGCCGCCUCCAAGUCUUCCUCCUCGGUGACGCUUCCAGCCAAGUCAUUCGUCUUAACCGACGCUAAAGGUACAGUCCUUCAGAUGAGCUCAGAAAAAAUGCUUAGUACUCAACCACCACCUUUGAUCAUCACAGGGAAUUUACAAAAUUCGUCUAAAGUGACCGUGAAACCCGAUCGCAAGCUGGUGAGGAUAGCUCCGCUCACCAGCAAGAGUGGAGCCGCCGCGACGCAACCGACGCCGGCGCGGCCGCCGCAGAGCCUGCUGGCGCCGCUGUCCCCCGCGCUCGUCAAGCGGGAGCCCGAGCCGCGCGACCACGACCCAGACGACGUCAAGCCCGCCCUGCGCGACCACGUGCAGCCAGACAACCUGGAGGGUCAAAUAAUGGGUGAGAAUGCGGAUAGUAUGGACAACAGCACAGGAAAUAACGUCGAACACCCGCUAAUUGUGAUACCGAAUUUCCAACAUGAGGAGUAUGACGACAGGGAAAUUGUAUACGAGCAAGACAUCAAGACGUCUAUCAACAUGCACGAGUCCAAAACACUGGUUGAGUUAGAACCCGAAAUAGUAUACUCACCACCGAAAACGUCGCCUUCACCCGAUAACGACGUGGGGGCCACGGAACUAGGUCUUCGGCCAAGGAAGGCGUGUAAUUGUACAAAGUCUCAGUGCCUCAAGUUGUACUGCGACUGUUUCGCGAACGGGGAGUUUUGCAAUCAAUGCAACUGCAAUAAUUGUCAUAAUAAUUUAGAAAAUGAAGCGUUAAGGCAGAAAGCCAUCAGGGCGUGCUUAGAGAGGAAUCCUAAUGCGUUUAGCAAGUUUCACAGGCCGAAAAUCGGGAAAGCAAAAAUCGGCGGGCCGGACAUCAUAAGGCGGCAUAACAAGGGCUGCAACUGUAAACGAAGUGGAUGCCUCAAGAAUUAUUGUGAAUGUUACGAGGCGAAGAUAGCGUGUACGGCGAUGUGUAAGUGCGUGGGGUGUCGCAACGUGCAGGAGUUGGUGGAGCGGCGCCGCGACAUGCGCCUCCGCACGCAGGACAGCGACUCGACCUUCCGCCCGGCCCUGCUGGGGCAGCCCAAACAUCCGUGCACGUUCAUGACGAUGGAGGUGAUCGAGGCCGUGUGCCAGUGUCUGGUGGCCGCCGCCGUGGAGCGACGGGACGACUCUCCGCGUGACGCGCCCCGUGACUCGCCGCGUGACGCGCCCCGUGACGCGCUCGGAGACGUGCUUGAAGAGUUCGCGCGCUGUCUGCACGAGAUCAUCGGGGCUUCGCAUCACGACUCCUUGCUGCUCGAUGUGGGACAAACGUGACAGAUUUGAAAUUUGCCAGCGCUGAAGAUGAAAACAUCUCUAAAACUCCGCAAAACCUUAGGUUAACUUUACUCAAAUAACGUACUGUCAUCCUACGGCUAAUAUCUUUUAUUCAACCAGCCAUUCUAUUUAUAAGAAAAAUCAAUUUGCUUGCUAAAAUUUAGUUAACCAGUUAGAUAUUACGUACCAAAUAUACGUCUUGACAUUUUUAAAGAAAUUAAAUGUAAAUAUUUUAAUCUGACGAAUACAGUAGUUUAAUUUGGAAUAAAUAGAACCUUUUUACAUGUAAACAUUAUAUGAAUAACAUAAAUGCAAUAUUAAAUAUAAAGUUUAGGUGUAGUGUAAUUGCUUCCAAAAGACUGUUAUAAAUAAAUACUUGACAAGUUUCGUAAACGUAGUUAAUUGUGAAUAUUUGUAUCUACUUUUUGAAAAUGGAUUCUUUUAUAAAUCAAUUUAAGAGAUUUUUAUUGUUGUUUUUAAAUGUAAAUAAUGUUGCUGUAAAUAAUAUGUUUUACUAGUCUUAAGGAUACCUUAGGAGGAAGGUAAUUAUAGUGUAUAGUGGCGAUAAAUGGAUUUUUACAGAAAA